UCAAAACGUGACCGCGGCUUCUAGAGUUGGGCUUUUGGGUUUGAACAGUAUUGGCCUCUACCUCUCUCCAAUACCUUCUCAGUUCGCAUAGAUCAGUGGACUCUCUCCAAUACUUUCACUGAUAGAUCUGUGUCGUCUUCUCUAUCUCUUUCUCUAAGAUUGUAGGUUAUUUGUGCACAGAGAAAAGCUUCAAAAGCGGAUUUUUGUGUCAUAACAAUUCUGAAGAAAAGGAAAAACUGCUCUUCGGCAAGGACAAAUUUUUUGGAUGAUCUGCUGACAUUUUUGCAAUGUCAGGGUUACUUAAUUCAUCUCUGAAUGGAUCAGCUUCAAAUCAUCCAGACAGCACCGGACGAUCUUUUGCUACAUCGUUCUCUGCUCAAUCUGGUGCAGCUUCCCCUGGUUUUCAUCACACAGGAACUAUUCAAGGGAUGCAUAACAUUCAUGGGAGCUUUAAUGUUCCCAACAUGCCAGGCACCCUUGGAUCAAGAAAUUCAGCAAUAAAUAAUGUUCCUUCAAGUGGCGUUCAACAAUCUACUGGAAACCUUUCGAGUGGACGGUUCACAUCAAACAAUAUACCUAUUCCUUUGUCUCAGAUAUCUCAUGGCAGUUCACAUAGUCAUUCAAUGGUGACAAAUAGAGGUGGUAUGAAUGUUGUUGGAAGCCCUGGAUUUAGCAGUAGCACAAAUGGAGUUGGUGGUUCUAUACCUGGAAUUCUCCCAAAUUCUGCAGCUAUUGGCAGCCGGAGUGCUGUUGCAGGACUGGGAGUCUCUCCAAUUUUGGGAAAUGCAGGUCCAAGGAUGACAAGUUCAGUGGGAAACAUGGCUGGUGGGGGCAACAUUGGGAGAAGCAUGAGUUCUGGUGGAGGAUUAUCUGUGCCUGGUCUUACUUCUCGCCUCAAUUUAUCUGCGAAUAGUGGUUCUGGAAAUUUAAGUCUGCAAGGGCCAAAUAGAUUAAUGAGUGGUGUCCAUCAGCAAGCUUCUCCGCAGGUGAUUUCUAUGCUAGGAAAUUCCUAUCCUAAUGCUGGUGGCCCACUAUCCCAAAACCAUGUUCAAACAGUGAAUAACCUGAGCUCUAUGGGAAUGUUGAAUGAUGUCAACUCCAACGAUGGUUCACCAUUUGAUAUAAAUGAUUUUCCUCAGCUGACAAGCCGUCCCAGUUCUGCAGGAGGGCCUCAAGGACAAAUAGGUUCAUUGCGAAAACAAGGUCUUGGUGUUAGUCCUAUUAUCCAACAAAAUCAAGAGUUCAGCAUCCAAAAUGAAGAUUUUCCAGCUUUACCGGGAUUUAAAGGUGGCAGUUCUGAUUAUGCAAUGGAUUUGCUCCAGAAAGAACAAAUUCAUGACAAUGCUGUUUCUCUGAUGCCUCAGCACUUCACUAUGGGGAGAUCUGCUGGAUUUAACUUGGGGGGAACAUAUACAUCACAUCGUUCGCAACAGCAACAGCAACAUGGCCCUUCAGUCAGUAGCAGUGGCGUCUCCUAUUCAACCAUGAACAAUCAGGAUCUUCUCCACCUGCAUGGUUCAGAUAUGUUUACAUCAUCACAAUCAACGUAUCACUCACAGAACAAUGGACCCCCGGGCAUAGGAUUACGGCCUCUUAACUCUCCAAAUACAGUUUCUGGUAUAGGGUCCUAUGACCAGCUUAUCCAGCAAUAUCAACAACAUCAAAGUCAAUCCCAGUUUCGUAUUCAGCAAAUGUCUGCCGUGAAUCAGUCAUUUAGGGAUCAGGGCCUCAAGUCCAUGCAGGCUACACAACCUGCUCCGGACCCAUUUGGUUUGCUUGGUUUGUUAAGUGUAAUAAGGAUGAGUGAUCCUGUCUUGACAUCCCUUGCACUUGGAAUUGAUCUGACCACACUUGGAUUGAACUUAAACUCAACAGAAAAUCUUCAUAAGACAUUUGGUUCACCGUGGUCUGACGAGCCUGCUAAGGGAGAUCCAGAGUUCACUGUGCCGCAAUGUUAUUAUGCUAAACAACCGCCUGUUCUUAAUCAAGCUUAUUUCUCCAAGUUCCAGUUGGACACUUUGUUUUAUAUUUUUUACAGCAUGCCAAAAGAUGAAGCCCAGCUAUAUGCUUCAAAUGAAUUGUACAACAGAGGUUGGUUUUAUCACAGAGAGCACCGGUUGUGGUUUUUGCGGUCUGCUAAUAUGGAGCCUCUUGUUAAGACAAACGCGUAUGAGAGAGGAUCUUAUAUUUGUUUUGAUCCGAACACGUGGGAAACAGUCCGCAAGGAAAAUUUUGUUCUCCACUAUGAUAUGUUGGAAAAAAGACCACCUUUACCUCAACAUUAA